AAUCAACUUUUGUUUUUUCGUUUUCGAAAGAGAACCACUUUAUAUUUUCGCUUUGUAAUAAUUUCCUCUAAGAAAAAGUUCUGCUUAUUUUUUUCUCCCUCACUGGAGACUCCAAACAGUCAAUAAGAAAAAAACGCCAUAGAUUCUCGUCUUCCUCUCUCUCUUACAAGAUACAUAGCUAUGUCAUCGAUGAACGGAGGUUUCCAGGAAAACACAAACUGGAUUUUUCAAGAAGUCAAAGACGCCAUGUGGACGGUUGAAGAAAACAAACUGUUCGAGAAAGCUCUAGCCGUUCUCGGCGACAAAGACGACCUAGAGAGCUGGUCCAACAUCGCCGCUUUGAUCCCGGGGAAAUCCGUAGAUGAUGUCAUUAAACGAUACAAGAAGCUGGAGGAUGACAUCAGCGACAUCGAGGCCGGACUAGUCCCCGAUCCGGGUUACUGCUCCGACGCCUCCGCAGGUGAUUACUUCUUUGGGCUAGAGAACUCCGGUUACGGUUAUGGUUACGGUUACGGUUACAAUUAUGUCGUGGGAGGAAAGAGAAGUUCGCCGGCGACGAGUGAUGGGUUCAAGCUUCCGAUGCCGGAAAAAGAACGGAAGAAAGGAGUUCCAUGGACCGAGGAAGAACACCGACGAUUCUUAAUGGGUUUGAAGAAAUAUGGAAAGGGAGAUUGGAGAAACAUUGCAAGAAACUUUGUGACAACUCGAACGCCAACGCAAGUUGCUUCCCACGCUCAAAAAUAUUUCAUUCGACAGCUCACCGAUUGUAAAGACAAACGGCGGUCAAGCAUUCACGACAUUACAACAGUUAACGUCCCCGACGCAAAGGCACUAGCAACCGCCACACCCGCCGCUGCAACAGUCUCUCCUACUCCAACCAAUCCUUUUGACGUUUACUUUCCUCCAAAGCCUCAUCACAGUUUAGCGUUUUCGCCUGCGUCUAGUUAUCAUAACGCGUUUCCGCAGUGGAGUUGAAAAUCAUAUAUAUAUCUAGAGCUUGUCUCAUAAAUGGUUAUAUAUGUUUUCUACGCCUAUCAAAUUGUUCAUGCAGGAUUUUGUAAAUAUUUGUAAAAAAAUUGAAAGUUUGUGUGCUCAUGCCAAUAUUAGGUUGUGGUUGAUUGUAAUUUCCAGUUAAGCAAGUUUAUAUUACUAAAAUGUAUGUUGCUUAUCCGUACACUAAUUUAUUUAUAUGUAUUAUAAUGUUAUUACCGUUGACUUGAAUGUCAACUAUUGAUGUAA